UCUGUCUGUAAAAGAGUGCACCUUACUGUCCCUGUCGUAGGCCUCUUUCCCGUCGUCUUCCCCUCCCUUUGCUGCCGCGGUGGUACAGCCCACACUCAGGCUCAAUACCCGGCAAAUCCUCCGCUUGUACGGAAACGACCAGGCUCUCAAGAUGACGGCUCCACUCGGGAACAGCAUCUGGGAGCAGCCAUGUUGCCUCUUGAACAAAGCCGCUGAAGAUGCGAAACGGGCAAAACCGCCCCGUACGGAACAGCCCUGCCUGGGGAGACCAGCGUUGCGCUCGCGGACAGGAAGCAAGAGAGUUCGCCAAUAUGGAUGUGACAGCGGUUCCCAUUCAGCGGUGAUGGGGGUUUGGGGAUCUGAUAAUCGAGCUAGGAGUCAGAGGCGGGGAUGUGUUCGGUCAAAGAUCUGUUUUGAUACAGCCUAGGAUACUCCAUAUAAAAUAAUCUCUCUGUCAUGGGAGCCCCCACUUCCUCUGAAGUAGUUCAGCUCUGUCUGCAUGACUUAUCCCAGGACUGAGAAAAGUUUACCAGGUAAAAGAGGAGUAAAGAAUGAUCCCUCCGCCACAUGGUGCCUGCUGAUCCUUCUGUAAGGCUCAAACAACAUUAUCCCACAGGAUAGCCCAUUAGCUACCUGACUUCUGAUGUUAGUUGUUGCUAGACUGGUGAAAGUGAAAGCUGCAGUCUGGGUUUCGGCUAUGAAAAACAUUCUGAUCACCAGUUUUGCUUUUUCAGUCAUCUGGCCUUUUGGAAGAACAAAAAAUGAUGAAGUCCCAGGGAUUAGUAUCAUUCAAGGAUGUGGCUGUGGAUUUCACCCAGGAGGAGUGGCAGCAACUUGACCCUGCUCAGAGGACCCUGUACAGGGACGUGAUGCUGGAGAACUACAGCCACCUGGUCUCAAUGGGGUAUCCCGUUUCCAAACCAGAUGUAAUCUGCAAGUUGGAACAAGGAGAAGAGCCAUGGAUCCUAAAGACAGACAUAUCAAAUUGGAUCUAUCCAGAUGAAUAUCAGGCAGAUGGGAGACAAGACAGGAAGAGUAACCUUCACAACUCUGAGUCAUAUAUUUUGGAGACAGUUUUUUCCCAACAUAAGAUACUGAAAGGAAUCACAAAGGAUGGUUCAUUGUGCUCCAUUUUAAAAGUCUAUCAAGGUGAUGGCCAGCUGCAGAGAUUUCUGGAGAAUCAAGACAAACUCUUCAGGCAGGUCACAUUUGUUAAUAGCAAAACAGUGACUGAGGCAUCAGGGCAUAAAGAUAAUCCAUUGGGAAAAAUGUUUCAAGAGUACAUAGAACCAGAUACAUCAAUACAGAGAUUCCAUAAAUAUGAUGCUUUUAAAAAGAACUUAAAACCAAAUAUUGACAUACUGAGUUGUAAUAGCAAUUCAAGAAAAAAACCUGAUCAAAGUUUUGGAGUUGGAAAAUCAUCUGGUGCGAGUGAUCCCAGUUCUAAUCUUGAGAAGAUUCAAAAUGGAGUAAUACCUUUUCAGGAUAAUCAGCGUGGAAAUGUUUUAAGCAAUACACAAUCCCUUAUUCAAUAUCAGAAUGUUGAAACUAAAGAGAAAACCUGUGUAUGCAUUACAUGUGGGAAAGCCUUUGCUAAGAAGUCACAGCUCAUUGUACAUCAAAGAAUUCAUACUGGAAGGAAACCAUAUGACUGUGGUGCAUGUGGAAAAGCCUUCAGUGAGAAGUUUCAUCUUGUUGUACAUCAGAGAACUCAUACUGGGGAGAAACCUUAUGAUUGUUCUGAAUGUGGAAAAGCGUUCUCUCAGAAAUCAUCCCUUAUUAUACAUCAGAGAGUUCACACUGGGGAAAAACCCUAUGAAUGUAGUGAAUGUGGGAAAGCCUUCUCCCAGAAAUCACCCCUCAUUAUACAUCAGAGAAUACAUACUGGGGAAAAGCCCUAUGAAUGUAGAGAGUGUGGGAAGGCCUUUUCCCAGAAGUCACAGCUGAUUAUACACCAUAGAGCUCAUACUGGAGAGAAGCCAUAUGAGUGUACUGAAUGUGGGAAAGCCUUCUGUGAGAAGUCCCACCUCAUUAUACAUAAAAGAAUUCACACUGGUGAGAAACCCUACAAAUGUGCUCAAUGUGAAGAAGCCUUCAGCAGGAAGACAGAACUCAUUACACAUCAGUUAGUUCAUACUGGGGAAAAACCUUAUGAAUGUACUGAAUGUGGGAAGACAUUCUCCCGCAAGUCACAGCUCAUCAUACAUCAGAGAACACAUACUGGAGAGAAACCCUAUAAAUGUAGUGAAUGUGGCAAAGCCUUCUGUCAGAAGUCACAUCUCAUUGGACAUCAGAGAAUUCACACAGGAGAAAAACCUUAUGUGUGUACUGAAUGUGGGAAAGCCUUCUCUCAGAAGUCCCACCUUCCAGGACACCAGCGAAUUCAUACAGGAGAGAAACCUUACAUAUGUGCUGAAUGUGGAAAGGCCUUUUCUCAGAAGUCUGACCUUGUUUUACAUCAAAGGAUUCAUACCGGGGAAAGACCCUAUCAAUGUGCUAUAUGUGGGAAAGCCUUCAUCCAGAAGUCACAACUAACUGUACACCAGAGAAUUCAUAAAGUGGUAAAAUCAUAAUGAACUGGCCACAGAAAAGCCUUAGUAUUAGCUCAAGCCUUAAUAAUUACUAGAAACCCAAUUAAUUUGAUAAUCUUGGGGACAGCAUCCCAAAAGAUAAAAUUUUUUAAGGGAAUUUAUGUUUCUAGUAUGGUGGUGCCUAACUUUUCCAGCAAAGAUAAUGGAAAAUCGUUAUAUAAAUGAAGAAAUUUUUAACAUGGCAUGUGAAGCUUUUAAAGUUAUGAACUCAGUGAUCAACACAGCAAGUUAAGCAUACAGAAUAUUAUCAAGUUGCAUAUUCCCUUAUACUACAUAAUGAUAAUCAGCCAUUGUGAAACUGCUGAUAUUAGUUUGGUAUAAUUAUGGCCAUAAAGUAAUUUUCUAUAAAAGACAUUGGCCGGGCGUGGUGGCUCACGCCUAUAAUCCCAGCACUUUGGAAGGCCGAGGCGGGUGGAUCACAAGGUCAAGAGAUCGAGACCAUCCUGGUCAACAAGGUGAAAACCCGUCUCUACCAAAAAUACAAAAGUUAGCUGGGCAUGGUGGUGCGUGCCUGUAGUCCCAGCUACUUGGGAGGCUGAGGCAGGAGAAUUGCUUGCACCUAGAAGGCAGAGGUUUGCGGUGAGCCGACAUUGUGCCAUUGUACUCCAGUCUGGGUAACAACAGCGAAACUCCAUCUCAAAAAAAAAAAAAAGACAUGGAAGAAAGCUUGAGUAAACAACAAAAUAAAACCUAGAAACUAUUUUAAGAAGGGACUGGAGUAUGAUCCCUAAAGCUACAUAUAAAGUUCUUGUACAAAAAAUGGAAAGAUAGGUUGAUCAUAUUCAGUAAAGUUUAUGUGUAUGCAUUUUCCCAUCUCAAGCAUAUAAGUUGACCUGCACCUCUGAAAGGACCUUGAGAUUGAUGUAUUUUGAGCAGGUCUCCCUUUUACUCCCCCAAGCUGGAAACUUGUAGCUGAAAAAUACUGGCACUGAGGCCAGAUAUUCUUGGGUUUAAUCCUGGCUCAGUGAUUUACAGAUUGACUUUAGGCAAACAUACUUCCCCUCUCUGAGUAAGUUUUAUCAGUAAGUACAAAUACAAUGCAGUGCUCAUUUUCAGUUAAUAUUAGUACUUUUUAAAUCUUUACUCUCGAAGGAUUAGAUGCUAAGACUAAUGUGUAAAAGCCACAUCUGAACUUGCUUUGCCCUCUGGACACUCUGCUUUUGAUUGCCCAUCCCUGUAAGUGGCUCAUUUUACUGUCUUCUGAUCCUGGUGGCCUUAUCUUUGCUAUGUUAAGGUUACAUUUUUUUAACACUUGCAUUUAUUUACAUAUACCUAUAUAAACUGUGGUGAUUGCACAUAAA